UCCUCCUGCAACAUCACUUCAUCAUUCCUUUGCUCAUUUCAAACACUCAAUAAAAAAAACAAAAAAAUGAGAUAAAAAACCAAAACUUUUAUCUUUUAUCUUCUUCGCCCUAUCUAAAAAACCCUACUUUCUCAAUUUCUGUACUGCUUGCUUCUUCCUUCUUUUCGAGAAACCCAAUAUCUCUCUAAUCUUGUACGGCAGCUACACUGACUCGACUUCCGACGAUUCUUGAUCUUUUCCGGCGCCGUUAAGCGACUCCGUUUCCGACAUUGUGACAUCUUCUGACAAGAUGUCUUCUCAACAUAACGACAAUGACAUGCUUGAUGAGGUUCAAGAACCGUCCUCUGACGUGGGAAAGAGAUCAACUUAUUCUGCUCUUGCUCGAAGAUCUAGCAGGGAAAAAACCCAACUUUUAAAACCAUGUCUUACCACCUCCGUUGAAGGGUCUGAGGCUAUGGGUCCUAGUCAAAGUGGUUCAGCUCCUUGUUCUCAGUCAAAGGCUCUGUCUAUGGGUGUUUCUUUCUAUGGUUGGAGAUUUGCGAACGAAGAUUUCAAGCUUUGGGUUAAGAAGAUGUCGGAUGUGCACGAACACACUUGGAGAAAAGCUUGGAUCUUUGAAGCAAUCAUGGCAUCCACAGUCAGAAUCCCUAAAGACGUAGAUCUUGUUCUGGCUAUCGCUGAGAAAUGGUGUCCUGAAACCAAAACCUUCCUUUUCCCUUGGGGUGAAGCAAGCAUAACACUAGAAGACGUUAUGGUGCUUCUAGGUUUCUCUGUUUUGGGUUUGCCUGUUUUUGCUACUCUGGAUAGCUCGGGAGAGAUGGUUAUGGAAAAGCUAAACAGCGAAUGGUUGGCGAUUAAACGCAAAGGUCAUGUCAGUAUUGUAACACAAGUGACAUGGACGGAGAGAUUCAUGAAUAGAGACGAUGAGUAUGAACAUGUAGCAUUUCUUGUCUUGUGGCUUAGUUAUUUCGUUCUGCCAUCACGCUACCCUCAUGUCUGUCAAGAGGUUUUUCCAAUUGCUAUUCAUCUUUCAAGGGGUACUAGGAUUGCUCUUGCUACUGCUGUUCUUGCACACUUGUAUGCAGACCUAAGUCUCUUGAAAAACUACAUAACAGAUUUCAAGGAGUCGACUACUACCCUCAAGAUUGGUCUGACUGCCUUGUUUAAAUUGGUCCAAGUUUGGACAUGGGAGAGAUUCAGGGAACUACAGCCAAAACCUAAUCAAAUGCAAAAGGGUGAGCCAAGAUUGGCCCGUUGACAUAAGCUGAAACAGGUUACAAGCAAUGCAAGGGAGAUUCACAACAACUCGAAGAUGGUCAGUUUUGAGUUGCGUCCAUACACACAAGCUGUGGAAUGCUGGGAGUUUCCUCAGUUUUACCCUGAAGAAGCGAUGAUAGUUCCUGUUGGUCCCAGUCUUGAUGAUGAAUAUUUGUCUUUUGCUCGUUGCAUCAAGGUGUCUGAGCUUGUUGGCAUUGACUGUGUGGAGCAUUACUUUCCUAACCGGGUGGCUUUACAGUUCGGGAUGCUUCAGGAUGUUCCUUCUCAUAUUAACCGGAGCAACCUCUCGAAGGAGGCAGCUUGGAAUGAUUAUGAUAAGCCUAUUGAUGAUUUGACAUUGUACAUUCCUUCCCGUUCUGCAAUACCUCGUGUUACUCAAAUGUUCUGUGAGUGGCGAAGGGCGUUGUUUCUAGAAUUCAAAUGUUCUUCAGACGCGACGAAGCUUGUUGAAACAGCUCUAAAAUUGCAAGCACGAAACGUCAAAGGUGAUGAUACUAGUCUUGUUCCUUCUGGCUCUAAGAUAAGCAGAACAAGACCUGUUGGUGGAAUCAAGAUAGCUACGGUAUCAACAAAGACGAGACGCCAGUACAUGAAGCAAGCUCGUGACAAGAAACACAAGUAUAUGAAGCUAGCUCGUGACAAGAGACGGAAGAACAUGAAGCGAGUUCCUAAGAACGAUGAAAAUGAUAUAGGUUUUUGCCAGACACAGGUUCGAUUAGACAAUGAUAGCCUCACCUUUGCUUCUGAACCGCUUGGUAAAAAGAGUAGACUUGAGGCGGAUAACAAUGAUUCGGAGACUUGUCAAAAGUUUGCUUCGAUAAGAUAUGAUGGAGAUGAAACCUUACCACCACCAGAAAUAGAACAAAGGAACGAAGAGACUGUAAACAAAGCAGCGAUGGUUCCAAGCCCAUUUAAUGAAAUCAACUCUUCAGAUUCGCCUCUUGGUGCUAAUCGAGAAGUAGUAGUUAAUAUCCUUGUGUCACCACCAGAGACAAGGCAAACCUGUGACGAUGAGCUUGAUGUACAUGGUAGCUUUGCAGAGAAGAUGACUAUGAUUGAUGAUUGCAGCAAGGAACCGGACCGGUUACUCCAAGAAGAUGGUAUCAUAGCAGGAAAAAAGGCGAGCUCAGAUGAGAGGUUGUGCAGUAGUGAAGCUGACAAGGUAGAUGAUGAUGUUGAUGAUGACAGUUUGAUCCAGAAAAAGCUUGCAUUAGAGGAGCUAGCAUUAAAUGCAGACAACAAUGAUCCAAGCCCUCAUCAAAAUUUUGCCUCUGGAUGCACUAAUGGAGAUGAAACAAGCAAAGCAUAUAAGAAUAAGGUCCUGAUCCCAUCUGAGGAGUCAAACACUCACAUAGCGGUACGGGAAGGAAGCCAGGGACAAGACUGUUUGUUUGACGUUGAUAGUGCUUUCAUUAGAAAGAGUGUUCAAGAGCUGAAGGCGCUGACAUUGUCAAUAGAGGAGCGUAUUAUUAAGGCACAACAAGAUGUGGCAUGGUUAAAAGAAAGGAGAGCCGAAAAACAGAGAAAUAUCGCAGAAGAUAGUUUGAUCUAGGCGUGUUGGAGGUUGUUUUGGGGCAGUCAAAUGCAAGUAGAAUAUCAAAUGAUCAUUUCUCACAUGUGUUAGAAUUUUUUUGCUUUAGUAUCUUUUGAAGACUUGUGUUGCUUUCAAGUGUUCCAGUUGUAUCUUUUGAACUCAGUUUGUAUGUUUAAUUCAG